UUUACUCCCUUGCCAGAAAAAAAGAUCUUUGUUAUUUCUCUCAGGUUAAGUGCAGGCAAUAAAAAUGGCGGUGGCUAACGCCUGGGCUACGGGACGUACCGCCGUCCCGCCGCCGCAGCUCCGUCCUCCCUCUUCCUCCUCUUUUUCCACUGACACCCUGAAUCAUUUUUUCAAGAAGAAGUUCUCUCUCAAUUUGCCCAAUAAGUCUCUCGCCAGAAGAAGCAGGAAUUCUAAGCUGUCCUGCCGGUGCAGCAAUAAUCUUGAUGACGAUAAGAAUUACAGUGACUGUGGCAGCAAUAAUGUCACUUCUUCUUCUUCUUCUUCUUCCUCGGCUUGUUCGUCCUCAUCGUCCUCUGCGGAUUGGGAUUGGAAUAGGUGGACCCGCCAUUUUUCGGAGAUUGAGCAGGCUGAAAAUUAUGCCUCUGUUCUAAAGUUUCAACUAGAAGAUGCAAUAGAGAAUGAAGACUUCCAGGAAGCUGCUAAGUUGAAAAUAGCGAUUGCAGAGGCAACAUCAAAAGAUUGUAUUGCUGAAAUUAUGUCACAGUUGAAGAUUGCAAUUGAUGAAGAACGUUACCAUGAUGCUUCAAGAUUAUGCCGAAGUACAGCAAGUGGGCUGGUUGGUUGGUGGGUUGGCUACUCAAAGGAUUCAGAUGAUCCUUUUGGGAGAUUAAUUCGGAUUACUCCAGGAACAGGCAGAUUUAUUGGCAAAAGUUAUAGUCCAAGGCAGUUGGUCACAUCAUCUCCUGGAACUCCACUAUUUGAAAUAUUUGUGGUUAAAGAUGCCAACGAGACAUAUAACAUGCAGGUUGUAUUUCUAAAACAACUUAGAGGUAAUUCAGCAAAUUCAAGUUCUUCAUCUGAUAAAUCCACCAAGGGGCCAUCAACAAGUGAAACUGAGAAUGCAUCUGUGGUUGACGUUAAGCUAGAAGGGAGUGAAGUUGAAAAGGGCGAAGGGAAGAACAUUGACUUGGAAGGAGCUGCUGAAGAAGGAAUAAAAAGUGUGAUAAAUUUUCUUAAAGAAAAAAUCCCAGAAUUAAAGGUUAAAGUGAUGAGAGUUGAUGUUACUGAGAAUAUAAAUGAGGAUACUGUGAAGCAGUUUAUCGAAGAAGACAAUGAGAACACAACCAGCAAGGACACCGAAGAGGAAGUUACUGAUAUGGGUAACAAUCAGCCAGAUCGAGUUGCUGCACAAGGAGAUAAUGAUGUGAUGGAAGAUGAAAAUAAUUUAGACAUGAAGCUUUACAUUGGAGGGGUUGUGCAUAAUAAAGAGGAUACUCCUAGCAAGGAUGAAUUUGUUCGUGUCCCAGCUGAUAUUGAAAAUAUGGAGAGGGAUUCUUUCGUGUUGCAUAUCCCUAAGAGCUAUCAAGAUAAUGACACUGAAGAAAAUGUUGCAGCUCGAGUUAAAGUGGCUGCAAUAGCUGCCCAAGGUGUUUCUGAACUUAUGCCUCCUGAAGUUGCUAAGGCAUUCUGGAGUUCUGAUAAAGUUUCUCCUAAGGUUUCCAGAGAUGUGCGUGAAAUAGUAAAGCUGGCAGUCAGUCAGGCACAGAAGCGGAACAGACUAUCUGAGUACACAAAUUUUAGUCGUAUUAUUACCUCCAAAGGUGAUUUAGAUCCAUUUGAUGGUCUUUAUGUUGGUGCUUUCGGCCCCUACGGCACUGAGGUCGUACAAUUAAAACGCAAGUACGGUAACUGGAAUGUGAAUAAUGACGAGAAAUCUUCUGAUAUGGAAUUCUUUGAGUAUGUAGAGGCAGUCAAGCUGACUGGGGAUUUGAAUGUUCCUGCUGGACAGGUAACAUUUCGUGCUAAAAUAGGGAAGGGUAGUCGUCUUGCGAACCGGGGACUGUACCCGCAUGAACUAGGAGUGGUUGCAAGUUACAGAGGUCAAGGAAGGAUUGCGGAAUUUGGGUUCCGGAAUCCUAAGUGGGUUGAGGGCGAGCUUCUACAAAUGAACGGCAAGGGUUUGGGGCCGUAUGUCAAAGGUGCGGACCUUGGUUUCCUAUACGUUGUCCCUGAACAAAGUUUUCUUGUGCUGUUCAAUCGUCUGAAACUACCAGACUGAGCCGUGCCUACAAAACCACUUAAAAAGUUUUUGCAGCAGAAAUGUGGAGGUUUUACUUUUUAUUUUGGAAUGUUGUCUUGUUUCUUUUUAUCUCUGUCCCAGGACUUGAGGGAUUAUUAUACUAUGAUACUAUGCAUGAAACAUCCCUUGAACACCCCCCACCCCAUCCCACCCCGAAGUUUUGUAAGAAUCUACACUUGAGGUAGUGCAAA